UCGUCUAACCGAUACAAAGGCAACAUGGCAGCUGGAAGUACGAAACGUGAAUUCGAAGGAAGUGGUGAUACACAGGUAGUUUUCAAGAAAAAGAAGGACAAAUGUCGAGUCGAUAAUUGUUUUGCAGAAAUGGGCCAUAUUCAUAAAGUUGUUACAAGAAAUUUGCUCCAAGACGUGGCAAUGGAAAUGCGCAGUUUUGUUGACCAGGGCUGUUCUACAUUCAUCAAGAUUAACCGUCUAACCUUAUUGAAUUCGAACGCGAUAGAUGGGUCUUCCUUUUCAAAAGCUUUCUGUAGAAUAUCAGAAAACGAUGACGAGCAUUCUUUCGCGUGCCUGUUCAAAAAAGGAUUGCAUAUUUUAAUGACAUACAUGGAAAGAAAAGAGAUGCCUGUAAAUGAACAAGAAAGCCUCGUCUUGGACACCCUUCUACACUACCUUUUCGAGAUGAAAAAUGCAGAGACAAAAGCUCCUUUUGGAGUUUUAGGAAACCUGGGUGAAACAGACAUCACCAUCAUUCUGACGAAUCACUUAUUCGGGAAACUCUGUACAUCAUCACACUUCCUCAUUGAUAAACAGUUUAAAGGGAAAAGUAAAGCCAAGGAGUCUUGUCCAUGUUCUAAUACAGAAUGCAAAAUUACAGGCAGUUUCGGAGACACUGGAAUAG